UUCUUCGAUAUUUCCUCGUAAGUCACUCUUUAACAACUCAGCUCUUGUUUUCUGUUCUUGAUAAUGUCUAGAAGUUGGAACCUAGCUUUGGAGUCGUUGCGUCUUGUUCGUCGUGGUCAUAUACGAACCCUAGUUUCGCGAGCGCUAUUCAAUCGCACAGUCUGCACAAUCUCCGAAGAUCUUCUUUCAUCAUCGUCAUCGAGUCAUACUGUUGUGGAUGAGAGCUAUGUCCUAGCUGAACUAUCUUCAUUACUUCCGAUUUCAUCUAAAACCACAACGGGCAAGGAAGAUACUUGUUUGAAGGAUGAAGUAGCCGUUGAUUCGUUUUUAUCGCCUGAGGAGAGACUCAGAGGUGUGUUUCUUCAGAAACCGAAGGGGAAGUCUGCGAUACACAAGGCUUUGAGCAGUCUUUGUGUUGAUUUGAGUAUCGACAUUGUGGCUAACGUUGUGGAUAGUGGGAACUUGAGUGGUGAAGCAAUGGUUACGUUCUUCAACUGGGCGAUUCGAGAACCUGGAGUGUCUAAAGAUGUUGGUAGCUACUACGUGAUUCUAAGAGCGUUGGGAAGGAGAAAGUUUUUCACUUUUAUGAUGGAUGUUUUACGGGAAAUGGUUAGUUCUGAUCUGAAGUGCUUAACCAUUGCAAUGGAUAGCUUUGCUAGGGCUCAUUAUGUGCGUAGAGCGAUACAGUUGUUUGAGGAAAGCCAAGAUUUUGGGGUGGAGUGUGGUACUGAGUCUUUUAAUUCACUGUUGUGCUGUCUCUGCGAGCGGUCACAUGUGAGUGCUGCAAACUCGGUGUUUAAUGCGAAGAAAGGUGAGAUACCUUUUGAUAGUUGUACUUAUAACGUUAUGAUUGGUGGGUGGUCGAAGCUCGGUGAGGUUGAAGAGAUGGAGAAGGUUUUGAAGGAGAUGGUGGAAGGUGGGUUUGGUCCCGACUGUUUGUCUUUCAGCUACCUUAUCGAAGGGUUGGGAAGAGCUGGUCGGAUCAAUGAUUCUGUUGAGAUCUUUGAUGAUAUGAAGCACAAGGGUUGUGUUCCUGACGCGAAGGUUUACAACGCUAUGAUCUGUAAUUUCAUUUUCGCUCGAGAUUUUGAUGAAUCUGUGAGGUACUACCGAAAGAUGCUCGAUGAGGAGUGUGACCCUGACUUGGAGACCUAUUCCAAGCUUGUUUCUGGGCUCGUCAAAGGCCGUAAGGUUGCAGAUGCGCUUGAGAUAUAUGAAGAGAUGUUGUCAAGAGGGAUUGUUCCCACCACAGGACUCGUUACCUCUUUCAUCAAGCCGCUUUGCAGCUAUGGUCCACCACACGCUGCGAUGGUUAUCUAUCAGAAAGCGAGAAAAGCUGGGUGUAGGAUAUCGGAGAGCGCAUAUAAGCUGUUGCUUAAGCGGCUAUCAAGAUUUGGGAAAUGUGGGAUACUGCUGAACGUGUGGGACGAAAUGCAAGAGUGUGGAUACUCUUCCGACGUGGAAGUCUAUGAGUAUAUCGUGGACGGGCUCUGUAACAUUGGCCAUCUAGAGAAUGCUGUGCUUGUGAUGGAAGAAGCCAUGCGCAAAGGGUUUUGCCCAAACCGCCUUGUUUAUAGUAGGCUUAGCAAUAAACUCAUGGCUUCAAACAAAACGGAAAUGGCUUAUAAGCUGUUUCUGAAGAUCAAGGAGGCUCGCAUUCAAGACAACGCUCGCAGAUUCUGGCGAAGAAAUGGGUGGCACUUUUGAUCUUCAUGUUCUGUUGUAUGUUCACAGGGAAACUGACAAAGUCUUUGUAUAUGUGAAAAUUUCACUUACUGGAUCACAUCUUUCUCCAACUUUAGUCUGAUAAUUUGUAAUAGAGAACACUUGAAAGUUUUAUUCAUUAGGGUGUA